AUGAUGGGAGAGGACGAGAGAUUGGAGACGAUGAACCAUCAUAAUCAUCAUGAUGAACAGCAACACCAUGAUUUUCAAGGGAAGAUGAGAUUAGAGAAUUGGGAAGAACAAGUGCUAAGCCACCAACAAGCUUCCAUGGGGGUUGUUGACAUCAAACAAGAGAGUAACAUUAACAACAGCAGUGGCUAUCUCGUACCUUCUCCAAACUCACCUCCUAACAAGUCUUGUGUUACAACCACAACCACAACAAGUCUAAAUAGCAACGAUGACAACAACAACAACAAUAGUAUGUUGGAUUUCUCGAGCAAUCACAAUGGUCUUAAUUUGUCCGAGGGUAGACACAUUCGUCCGGAUCGAUCCUCUGAGUGUAACAGCUUAGAGAAUGGUGGGUCUACUAAUAAGAAGCCAAGGCUUCAGCCUUCUCCUUCGUCACAAUCAACUCUCAAGGUGAGAAAAGAGAAACUCGGAGGCCGGAUCGCAGCGCUUCAUCAGCUAGUAUCUCCAUUUGGCAAGACUGACACAGCUUCGGUCCUGUCGGAAGCUAUUGGAUACAUAAGAUUCCUUCAGAGUCAAAUUGAGGCUCUGAGUCAUCCAUACUUUGGCACGACUGCCUCGGGGAAUAUGAGGCACCAUCAACAUCUGCAAGGGGACAAACGUUGCUUAUUUCCUGAGGACCCCGGUCAGCUGGUGAAUGAUCAGUACAUGAAGAGAAGAGUAUCGUCGUCUUCGUCUACUGAAACUCAAAAUGCAAACGAAGAACCUAAGAAAGAUUUGAGAAGUCGAGGUUUAUGUCUGGUUCCAAUCUCCUGUACACUCCAAGUCGGCAGCGACAACGGCGCUGACUAUUGGGCUCCAGCACUCGGCUCCGCCGGUUUCCAUUGA